CAGGCAGUCAAAAUCAUUGCUUCAUCGAACUUCCUGAACGAUUAUGACGAGUUGAAAGUGCUCGAUACGAAGCAUUUGAAAGCCGACGCUGUGGUACGGAAUAAGGAAGAUCGUAAACUACUGCAUGGUUACGACUGCAAAUGCUGUGCGUCACACUACAACGGUCCUGGACUGAACACUCAGCAACGAAUGGACCAGCGAGCACUUGAAACACAGCCGCCAACUCCGGAACACUACUGGGAGGUUGGCAUGCCCGAUCGAACGGAACAACAACAUCUUGGACAAAUUCCGGAGAGUGAUUCACCGUUCACGUCGAACACACGCCACCCGCAUUAUAAACAUGUUGUGAACACUAGUUUUCAGCAGAUUCUCUUUCCUAACUUCUCAUCUUAUUCUCAUUUUCGCUUUUUGUCCAGCAAUCCGACUCUACUUUUUGGGAACUUUUUUCCUUGA